GCCAAUUUGAUCAGUAGAGCUUCUGUUUGGCUUUAACAAUGGCUUCUCUUUCCUUCGUUUCUUCUCCUUUCUUGUUUCUUUUCCUCUCUGUGGUUUUGCUAAUCUCACCUGCACAUUCACUUAACUGCACAUCGCAGAAGUUCACCAACAACAAGGUCUUUGAUAACUGUACAGACCUCCCCACACUCGAUGCCUACCUGCACUACACCUACAACUCCUCCAACUCCUCCCUGUCAAUCGCCUUCAAGGCGCCUCCGGCCGAGACUGACGGCUGGGUCGGGUGGGGCGUCAAUCUCAAUGGAACUGGAAUGGCAGGUGCUCAGGCUCUGGUGGCACUGAAAAAUGGCACCGUAGUCGUGGUGAAGAAAUAUAACCUCGCCUCAUAUACUGAUAUCGAGGAGACAUCGAAGCUAACGGUGGAUGUCUGGGACUUGAGCGCGGAAUCUGACUCCACUGGAAACUUCGUGAUCUUUGCUUCUGUGAAGGUCCCGGCGGGUCCGUCGGUGAACCAGAUUUGGCAGGUGGGUCCUUCGGUGAAGGAUGGGUUUCCGGAGAAGCACGGUUUCGCUUCGGCAAAUCUUCAGGCCAUGGGAAAGCUGGAGUUGGUGGCUUCAAAGAGCAGUGGAGGAAAGACUACAGGCGGAACUGGUACGAAUUCUACUAGCUCUAGUAGUGAGGGUUCUUCUAGUGGCUACAAGAUUAAGGAGUUGAAUGUAGGUUUUCAAUUUGGAGUUCUUGCUCUUCUAGGAAUUCUUAUGGUUUUCUGAAUUCGAUUUUGAAAUUUUUUGUGUUUGGCAGUGAUUUCAGAAAUACAGUAGUGUUUAGAGAAUGAAUCCAAGCGAAAUUUCAUUGUUUCUUUUUGUCGAUUCAUAUGAUUUUACAAACAGCAUGAUAGUAAGCAUGAUUACAAAAGUAAUAGUGAACUAUUAAUGUCUCUAUCUAUAUAUUUUCCUUUUUCUUCUAGUCUUUUCCCUCAAUUAAUCAAAAGUUUCAAAUUUUUUAAAA